GGGAUCUAUAACCACAAGGUCACUUGUGGUCCGUUGGUGUUAGUAUUGUGGCGAUGCGAAUUUUCGUUGUGGUUAAAUUUAUUUAUGUACUUUAGAGUGCUUUAAAUACCGUUAUUUAUGGCAUCCUUUUUCCAGCAGAAUUUGAUUCUGAGAUAAGAAAAGCUAUCUACUAGCAUCAUUUUGUAUUCUUCCUUACCUCCACAACUUCCAUAUGUCGAUAGUUUCUGAACAUCUGCACAUAGUCCUGAAACUCGGACUACUGACAUACAAGACGUAGAUGUACACCCCAGAAGUUUUAGUGCCCUAAUCUCCCUGUUUAGCGUAAAUGACAUAAAAUUUCCGAAGUUUCUCUAGAUCUUAGAAAGUCCCCAAACUUUUGGAAAACCACUAGACUUUGAGGAAGAGCAUUGGACUUUGUGGAAAACCACCAAGUCCACCCAAGAAUAGGGAGACUGAGAUAUGUUACAGGAUUUUCUACCGGAAAAUCGUCUAGCAUAUUGGAUUAAGAUUGUUUCAAAACCAUUUACACGUGAGUAUUGCCGCGCAGGUAGUGAAGUUUAGACCCUUAUUUCUCCGAUAAUUACCCGCGGGGGUUUUUCGCGAGUCUAACACUCAGGUUUUUUAAACAAUAUGAAAUACUCUAAGGGGAACUAAGGUAAUACUCCGAUAUCUGGAGCUAAUCUUCAAUUUUUUUUAUCACUUGAAUCACUCUAUUAAGACAGGCUUUUAUUGAUUCCUCAAUAUCUACUGUUUAAAUAUUCUGAUGUGCUGCAACUAGCAGCAACUACUCUGUCACUUAUAUUUUCACAAUAUUGGAUACCAAAAAAGACAAAUCGUUAACCAUUUAACAGUUAGUUUAGUUUUUGACUGGCGUUCCACCUAGGACACGUAAAUGGAUAGGUUCAGUGAGUCUUUAGGCCAAUAUAUUUUGCUUUCUAAUUGCCUGUUUUCUGUGUUUCGUUAUAUUUUAACUCUUCUAAAAACUUUGCAAUCGUUUUACUUACUUUAACAGUCGGAAAACUUCCUUAUUCGUUAUAGAAUCGCUAAUUCCUCAAAAGGUGUUUGAUUUUAUACAAAUAGGUUGCUGGGGUUCUUUGUUCGCCCUCCGAUAAUUUCCUUUCCCUAACACCUCUUCGAUCCAUCUUCGCAUGUUUCGCUUCAGUGAGUAGUUUUCUGGGUCAGCGAAAUUGGGCCAGGGGUUUGUAAUAGGGUGAUCAUUGAUUGUUUUAAAUGCAAAUAUUUGACAUAAAAAUUGGACCUUAUUACAAGUUUGCUCGUCGUAUUUGUGGUUUCUUUUGUAAAGGAGGAACGAUGCACAGUUCUGCUUUCAGCCAUACUGAACCUAUGACUCUAGGUUCUCCUCCAGUAAACUCGAUUGGGACAGGGUCAAGUACUUCACCAGGCACUUGCCAAUAUCUUCCAGGAUUCUUAAUGAGUGAAAAUCCACAGGUCUUAGAGACGGUGUCGACAAGCUCAGAAUCUAAAGUUUCACGCCAAAAUGCAUUUUCACUUUCUGGGAAUUCGCACAAUAUACCAGCUUCACAGUAUAACAACAAACUGCAACCACGCUAUUUAAGUCAAGCUCAUGAUUCAAUUGGACGUCGUUUAACAUCACCUCCUACACGAAGUAUGUGGUCAACCGUUGGUGGUGCUGGUGUCCGUUCAAAGCCCAGCGCAGACAAUUUCGGUGGAAUAAAACACAGUACACCAAAUUAUACUCUUGGUUCAUCGACGAAUCCUCCUGUAAAACAAAUAGGUGUUAGUCCUUUCCAGUCGCCGGGUGAUUCUAGUUAUCAUCGAACACCUUUGCAUAAUGUUGUAAAUAAUCGCCCACCUUUAGCUGGGUCACCACUCCAUAAUAACAGUAUUCUUGCAAAUAUAAACGAUGGGAAUAAGAAGCAAGAUGUUAUUAGUACACCUGAUCGUUUAGCGGAGGCUUUGCUUUCACAUCGAAGUUCCAACGACUUUGAUAAUGCGAAUCCACACGAUUGUUGGGUAACUGUUUUCGGGUUCCCUCCAUCACGAGCUGCAUUUAUUCUUAACCAGUUCGCUCAAUUGGGUACAAUAGAAAAACAUGUGAUUACAAACAGUGGUAAUUGGAUGCAUAUUAAAUAUCAAAAUAAAAUGCAAGCUCAUUGUGCUUUAAAUAAAAAUGGUAAAGUAUUCGGGGAUAAUACCAUGGUCGGUGUAUCAGUCUGUAAUGAUUCGGAAGUUAUGAAUGAUGAAAAGUGUGGCCUGUUUUCAAAGCAAACAAACCCAUGUAGCAUGAAUGAUUCCUUAUUCCUUAGUCCAUCAAAUGUUCAUCAUAAUCCAAUGAAUAUGAAACGUACUACUGACGAAAACUGUAAAGCAACAACCGGUGCAAUGAAUAAAACACCAUUACGCGACUUAAGCGGACUAAGGUCGUUGAAUGGUGUCGGCGGCGUUGGUAAUGGUGCAACUAACUCUGGCACUGAUUCUGCUAAUAUUUUUGCAGACAAAUCAGCAAAUAAUAUUGGAAGACAUAAUUCUAUGCGAUCAUUAGCUGCAUCGACACGACCAACAAAUUUAUCACGAACUACUAGUGUUCGACAGGAUAGAGAUUCAGGAUUAUUUUCUAAAGCAUUAGGUUAUAUGUUUGGCUGGUCAUAGAAACAAAAAAAACCCACUUGACAUAUCUGUAUUCCCAUUCAAUAGACUGAUUUGUUUAAAUGUAUCAUUUAUUGUCGUUGAUCCAUGUCUCAAUAUUACAUACAAUCAGUUUCUUCUUCUUUUUUUUUUAAAAAUAAACAGUUAUUGUUUCUCCUUUUUUUUAACCAUUUGUGAAAUAGAAGUAUUGCAUUAUCUUUGUACAACAAUUUUAUUCUUAAUUUUUUUUGUUCACCUUAUUAUUCAAAAGAUUUUAUGAAGUAAACUACAAUAAAAUGUAUUUGGUAU